AUGCAGUGGGUACAAAUCCAAGUGGAGAAAAAAGAAGAUGAUGAUACUGAGGACAGUUCAACAGCUAGCAAAAAGCCAAGGUUAAGUCUAGAUACAUUUGCUAGUGUUCGUGAUGCAAAUGCCACAAUCAGGAAUGAUAUGGGUACAACAGAAGGCCAUGGUGAAGAGGAAGAGGAGGAGGAUAAACUACCCAGAAGAGAGAGCUUGAGACCAAAGAGGAAACGUACCAGAGAUAUUAUCAGUGAGGAUGACCCAGAACCUGAGCCAGAGGAUGAGGAGACGAGGAAGGCCCGAGAAAAAGAGAGAAGACGACGUUUAAGGAGAGGAGCGGAAGAAGAAGAAGAAAUUGAUGAAGAGGAACUAGAAAGACUGAAGGCCCUGCUAGAUGAGAACAGACAAACAAUUGCUACUGUCAAAUGCAAGCCAUGGAAAAUGGAGAAGAAAAUUGAAGUUCUCAAAGAAGCAAAAAAAUUUGUGAGUGAAAAUGAAGGAGCUCUUGGGAAAGGAAAAGGAAAACGUUGGUUUGCAUUUAAGAUGAUGAUGGCCAAAAAAUGGGCAAAAUUUCUUCGUGAUUUUGAGAACUUCAAAGCAGCUUGUGUCCCGUGGGAAAAUAAAAUCAAGGCAAUUGAAAGCCAAUUUGGCUCAUCAGUGGCCUCAUACUUCCUCUUCUUGAGAUGGAUGUAUGGAGUGAAUAUGGUUCUUUUUAUCCUGACAUUCAGCCUCAUCAUGUUGCCAGAGUACCUCUGGGGCCUGCCAUAUGGCAGUUUACCUAGAAAAACGGUUCCCCGAGCAGAAGAGGCAUCCGCAGCAAACUUCGGUGUAUUAUACGAUUUCAACGGGCUGGCACAAUAUUCCGUCCUUUUUUAUGGCUAUUACGACAAUAAGCGAACAAUUGGAUGGCUGAAUUUCAGGUUGCCGCUGUCAUAUUUUCUGGUGGGCAUCAUGUGCAUUGGAUACAGCUUUCUGGUUGUUCUCAAAGCGAUGACCAAAAAUAUUGGUGAUGAUGGAGGUGGUGAUGACAAUACUUUCAACUUCAGCUGGAAGGUGUUCUGCAGCUGGGACUACUUGAUUGGGAAUCCUGAAACAGCUGACAACAAAUUUAACUCUAUCACAAUGAAUUUUAAGGAAGCUAUAAUAGAAGAAAGAGCGGCUCAAGUAGAAGAAAACAUCCACUUGAUCAGAUUCCUGAGGUUUCUUGCUAACUUCUUCGUGUUCCUAACACUUGGCGCGAGUGGAUACCUCAUCUUUUGGGCUGUGAAGCGAUCCCAGGAGUUUGCGCAGAUGGAUCCUGACACCCUUGGGUGGUGGGAAAAGAAUGAAAUGAACAUGGUCAUGUCUCUCCUGGGAAUGUUCUGUCCAACACUCUUUGACUUAUUUGCUGAACUGGAAGACUAUCAUCCCCUCAUUGCUCUGAAAUGGCUUCUGGGACGCAUUUUUGCUCUUCUCCUAGGCAACUUGUAUGUAUUCAUUCUCGCCCUGAUGGAUGAGAUUAACAACAAGAUUGAAGAGGAGAAACAUGUGAAGGCCAACAUUACCUUGUGGGAAGCCAACAUGAUUAAGGCCUACAACGAGUCCCUUACUGGAAAUACCACUGGGCCACCAUUUUUUGUGCAUCCUGCUGAUGUCCCUCGAGGACCUUGCUGGGAAACGAUGGUAGGGCAGGAAUUUGUACGGCUGACUGUUUCUGAUGUUCUGACCACAUAUGUCACAAUCCUCGUUGGUGACUUCCUCCGUGCCUGCUUUGUGAGAUUCUGUAAUUACUGCUGGUGUUGGGACUUGGAAUAUGGAUAUCCUUCCUACACGGAAUUUGACAUCAGUGGCAAUGUCCUCGCUCUGAUCUUCAACCAAGGCAUGAUCUGGAUGGGCUCCUUCUUUGCUCCCAGCCUUCCGGGUAUCAACAUCCUCCGACUUCACACAUCCAUGUACUUCCAGUGCUGGGCUGUGAUGUGUUGCAAUGUUCCUGAAGCCAGGGUUUUCAAAGCUUCCAGGUCAAACAACUUCUAUCUCAGCAUGCUGCUGCUCAUUCUGUUUCUGUCCACCAUGCCUGUGCUGUACAUGAUUGUCUCCCUGCCACCAUCAUUUGACUGUGGCCCCUUCAGUGGUAAAAACAGGAUGUUUGAGGUAAUUGGCGAAACACUGGAGCAUGAUUUUCCAAGCUGGAUGGCAAAGAUCCUGAGACAGCUUUCUAACCCUGGCCUGGUCAUCGCUGUCAUUUUGGUUAUGGUUUUGGCCAUCUACUAUCUCAAUGCUACUGCAAAGGGCCAGAAAGCAGCAAAUCUGGAUCUUAUAAAGAAGAUGAAACAGCAAGCUUUGGAAAACAAGAUGCGCAACAAAAAAAUGGCAGCUGCCCGAGCAGCUGCAGCUGCUGGUGGUCAAUAACUUCUACAGAUAUUUUGGAGACCUGGGAGUAUUCCUUACUUUGAUGUUUAAAACUAUUGAUUUUAGUGAAGAAUACAAGCUUUGUGGAGCUGUUGUUCCCUGUUUUAAUCCUGAUGAAUUAGCAAGGUCAUGCUGGUCAACUAAUCUAUCAGAGUCCUGGUUCCAUGAGAAGAAUUUCUACUUUAUUCCAAAAUGUGUCUCUAUGUUGCCACUCUCUCCUUUAAUCCAUUCUCCUGCC